CGGUGUAUAGUUGGAAUUCGGUGAAAAUACCUAGAUGAGACUAUAAAAAGUUUUAGAAAGUUUGGAAGGAAUUUGCACUGAAGAAAAAAUGCAAUGUCGAAAUUGACUUGUGAGGCGUCACUGAGACAAUGUAUAUCAUGUGUGAUAUACACUGUAUACAUGGAGGUACACUGAUAUAAAGAAAAGAUAUACAUAUAUAUACACGGAAGAUAUGCAUAGAUGUAUAGGUGGGUCACAUAUAGAUAUACUAGUGAUAGAUAUACAUUGCAACAAAAACCCUCUUUCCCACAUUUUCACAUAACCUCCUCCACAGCAUCACCACAAAACCACCAUCACCGCUAAUAAAUUCAUAGUAACAACACGAAACACCAUUUCAAUCUACCCAAAUAUGAAAAGAAGAAGAGAGAAGAAACAAAUAGGUCUUAAUGGAAGUUCAGAUUUCAACACUUGUUCUUCGCGUUCAGAUUUUGAAUAUAACUCAAAGGAGAAGCUCAAGGAAAUAUGGAGAUUUCACUUCAAUCAAGGGAUUUGAAAAGUUGAGAGAGAGAGUUGGGGGGGUGGGGGUGGGGGGAAGACUUUGCUAGAAUUGAUGUGGCAAACUCUGUUGGCAAGACCAUGGCACAGUCGUUUAGUGCAUAUGCCUUUGUCUAGUAUGGAAAAUUUAUCCAGUUUCAAGUUUCCAUCUCUAUCUAAAUAUCAUGUUCCAUGUGAUGUAUGUUCUCAAGCAAGACAAUUUAAAUGACCUUUUCAUUCAAGUUCCGUUUCUUCUACAUCAAUUUUUUCAGCGUAUGCAUAUUGAUACAUGGGGGUCUUAUAAGGGUCAAUUCAAUCAGGUUUUUAGGACUGCGCAAAGCGUGGAGAAAUUCACUAGUUGAGAAAGAAAAGAGAAAAAACAGAGGAAGACGGAGAGAGACAAAUACAAAUAUAUGAAAAAACGAAAAUAGGUGUGACCUCAAAUGUGUACAGCAAGUUAGGUGUUCCAUAUAUACUUGGUGAGUCACGUAAGGGAUGUAAGUGAAUAAAAAGACUGAAAAUGCCCCUAAAUAAAAAGUAACAUUCCAUUAUUCCAAUAUUAACCCUGUUCAUACACCCCUUGUUUAAUUAUUAAUGAUAGAAAUGACACAAUAUAAUUUCACAUCUCAAUAAGUUUUCUCUCUAAAACAAGUUCUCUUAGAGGAAGCUGGAAAAAAAAACCCAAUCGAUGGAAGAAGCAAGCUCGAGAAAGUUAGGUGACUCUUUGAAAGUUCCUGUAGUUCAAGAGCUAGCAAAGCAGCAACUAGCAGCCGUUCCGCCGCGAUAUAUUCGUGAUGAUAUCGAAAAGCCUACGUUCACAUCCAUAUUUCCACAAGUUCCAAUUAUUAACAUGGAAAGACUGCUGGCAAUUGGAGAUGAUAAUUCAGAGCUUGAGAGGCUUCAUUUUGCUUGCAAAGAAUGGGGAUUUUUCCAGUUGGUGAAUCAUGGAGUGAAUUCAUCAUUGGUGGAGAAAGUGAAGUCAGAAAUCAGAGCAUUUUUUGAUCUACCAAUGGAAGAAAAGAAGAAGUUUGAACAACAAGAAGGGGAUGAUCUUGAAGGAUAUGGGCAAGCCUUUGUGGUAUCUGAAGAACAAAAGUUAGAUUGGGCUGACAUGUUUUACAUGAUCACUCUCCCUACUAAUCUGAGAAAACCUCACUUAUUUCCAAAGCUCCCUCUCUCACUUAGGGAUGCACUGGAACAAUACUCAACAGAAUUGAAGGAACUUGCCAUGAAAAUUAUGUAUAAAAUGGCAAGAGCUUUAGGGAUGCAAGCUGAGGAUAUAAAUGUACUUUUUGAAGAAGCUGGGACACAAAUGAUGAGAAUAAAUUACUAUCCUCCUUGUCCUCAACCAGAACUUGUCAUGGGUUUAUGCCCUCACAGUGAUGUUCAGGCUCUCACCAUACUCCUUCAGGUUAAUGAAACUGAAGGCCUUCAAAUUAAGAAACAUGGAGCUUGGGUUCCUGUUUCACGUCUUCCUAAUGCCUUUGUUGUCAACAUUGGAGACAUUUUAGAGAUUGUGACAAAUGGGAUUUAUAAAAGCAUUGAACAUCGAGCAAUUGUUAACGAAGACAAAGUGAGGAUCUCGAUUGCUACAUUUUUUAGCCCCAAGUUGCAUGGUGAUUUAGGUCCGGCACCUAGCCUCCUCACUCCUCAAAGCCCUGCAAAAUUUAGGAGGAUUGGAGUGACCGAUUACUUUAAAGGAUUUUUCUCUCGAGAGCUCGAUGGAAAAUCGUACAUAGAUACUAUGAGGAUUAGAAAUGGAGAUGAUGGGAGCUAUUGA